AUGACCGCGAAGAUAUUCUCCGUAUUGGUUCUGCUGGCGACAGCGUUCUUGGGCUCUACGCUCGGAGCGGUGACUUGGACGGCUACACCGUUUAACCCGGCUUCGGUUCCGCUGGCUGUUCGCUCUCCGUAUCUGUCAGCGUGGCUCGCGCAAGGUUCAGGAACUGCUCUGAACGGUGCUUGGCCGACAUUUUGGACUGGAUCUAUCCUCGGAUGGGCUGGAUUCAUCAAGGUCGAUGGCGUGUCGUUUAGCUUCCUUGGAGUUCCGUCGGUUCCUGGAACAACAUUCAACAAAGCCACGCAGAAGAGCGCGUCGUUUACUUCGACCCAGAGCAAAUUCGUAUUGUCCGCCGGAGCCAUCGAUCUAACUGUCACCUUCCUCAGCCCGGUCGAGCCUCAUGACCUUUCCAAGCAAUCCAUGCCGUUCUCGUAUAUGUCAUUGUCAGCUGUAUCAACUGACGGAAGAACACAUACCGUGCAGCUGUAUAGUGACAUCAGCGCUGAAUGGGUUUCGGGCGACAAUUCACUUGGUGCAACUUGGUCCACUGCGACGGGCAACACUUUCGUGCAUCAAGUGCAGUUGGCAAAUCAGGUUGUAUAUUCUGAACGAAACGACCAUAUCCAACAGGGCUCCGCGUACUACGCAACCUCCAAUGUUGCUGGCACCACGUUUCAAACCGGCGCCGACGUCACCGUCCGCGCCCAAUUCCUCAACAACGGACGCCUGCCAAACACUCAAGACACGAACUUCCGCGCCAUCCAAGAUAACUGGCCUGUAUUUGCAUUCGCCCAUGAUCUCGGGUCAGUUGGCUCCACCGCCCAGUCCCGUGUAAUCGCGCUCGGCCAUGCUCGGGACCCUGCUGUUCAAUAUAUCAUCGCCAACAACGGUCGUCAGGAUCGCAGUCUCUUUUUCUUCAGCCAGUUUGCAACUGCUAGAGAUGCUCUCUUGUCGUUCCUCGGCGAUUUCAACGAUGCACUGACUAGGGCGAACGCAUUUGAUGCACAAUUCAACAGCGACGCAAGCAAGAUAUCCUCUGAUUAUGCUUCAAUAGUGGCAUUAUCUAUCCGACAGGCCUUCGGUGCCACUGAGAUCACCAUUUCCAAACGGGCCGACGGCUCCUUCAAUACCGAUGAUGCCUUAGUAUUUAUGAAGGAAAUAUCUAGUGAUGGGAACACAAAUACUGUUGAUGUUAUAUUCCCAGCGUGGCCCAUCCUCCUCUAUACCAACCCGGUGCUAGGGAAAUUCUUGCUCGCUGGGCUAUUUGAAUAUCAAGCUAGCGGUCAAUAUCCCAACAGAUGGAGUGUGCAUGAUCUUGGUGCGCACUAUCCUAUGGCGAUUGGACACAAUGACGGCCGCGAUGAAGCCAUGCCGGUUGAAGAAAGCGGAAACAUGUUGAUCAUGACAUUGAGCUACACACAGAAGACUGGCGACACGUCGCUUAUCUCCACAUAUACUUCGCUCCUUGACCAAUGGACCCAGUUCCUCAUCUCGGACUCGUUGAUUCCAGCAAAUCAAAUUAGCACAGACGAUUUCGCUGGUCCCUUGGCUAACCAAACGAACCUUGCCAUCAAAGGUAUCGUGGGUAUUGGGGCGAUGGCCGAGAUUUCGAGGCUCCUGGGUGAUACUACCAAAGCUUCAAACUACAGCUUCAAGGAGCCGAAUCGACUAAAGUUUGGUCUCAAGGCGAUUGCGACCUCAUUCGUACAGCAAUGGCAGAAUCUUGCAAUCUCUUCCGAUAGGAGGCACUUGACACUUGCAUAUGGUGAUUCGGCGAGUUGGGGAUUGUCGUACAACCUAUUCGCAGACAAGCUACUAAAAUUGAACCUCUUCCCGACUUCAAUAUUUCAAAUGCAGACCGCAUGGUACAAGACCGUGGCUCAACCCUUUGGUGUUCCUCUAGACACUCGUCAUACCUACACUAAAUCAGAUUGGGAGAUUUGGACGGCCGGUAUCAUGACGGACCAAGCUGCCCGCGAUCUCUUCAUUAGCUCUGUUCGCAAGUGGGCGUCGGAUGGGUUGAGCAGCGCGAUUGGCGAUUGGUAUGAAACUACUAACGGGAACCCCGAAGGCUUCCGCGCUAGACCCGUCGUUGGGGGACAUUUGGCUUUAUUGGUGUUAUGA